AUGAAAAAGAAAAUCGAUAAAACGGUUACAAAAAAAACUAUAUCAUGGGAUGAAGUCACCAUUAAUGAACAAGACAAGGAAAGAGGCUCGAGGAUGAAAAUCCUGGAGCCGAACACACCGUUCAAUUUUAUUUUGAUGGAUAGCGCUUCGGAAGAUGAAGCUUCUAAGUUCGGAGACUCAAAGGGACAAUGUGAAGUUCAGCAAACCAACAUCGCGGACGACCUCAUAGACAAGCUGAACCAGCUGGUGGAAAAGCAGGAAAGCAAAGCCCUCGCCAACAUUGACUUCAAGGAAAAGCGCAAGAAGCAUUACAACGAGUACAAGAUGCUGCAGAAGUUGAGAAAGUCCGGAACGUUCGACGAAAUCGACGAAGAGUAUAAGCUUGAAGAACAUGACUCGGGUGGGGAACCUGCGCACAUUCAGGAAAUGGAAGAGUAG